GGGACAGAGGGAGUGACGGACGGCUCUCAUUUUUCUCUUCCGCGGUUCCGCCGCUCUUUGGGUGAUUCGUGACGACGCAGCGCCACCGGGCGGCCGCCAACCGCAAACUGCUAACAUAUCUGUCUCCACUCGAGAACCCCCAAACACGAGACUCUUUCAUAACCGGCCAAAACGGAAGUCAGUCUAUCUGUGUCACAAUAAUCCCAAACUCUGUUUGGUGGGCAUAUUCUUGUUGCCUUGACUAAUCCAAACUAUAUAGAGCUAAAUCAAUUGUUUGGAAAAUUCAAAGUUAAAAGAUGGUCCAAGUUUUGAUGCCUCUUUGGCCACUCUCUUCGCGACAAUGAUACAAAUUACAAUGACGAUGAUGUUCCACUCCCAAAAAACAAGCUAACAUGGCUUUCGGUGGUUGACACUUCAUUGUUUGGGUGCAUCAUAUAGCCUGGCACCUAUUCUACGAAAUGCAUAAGCGAAAAACAACUCGAAUCUUGGAGCCAUCCACCUUGUUGUGAGGAACUAGCAUUACAAGCUUCCAAAAUAUAUACUAUUUUGAAGUAUUAUAAUAUAAAUUGGGGUUAUGGGUAGUAAAACUAUGUUCAAGUGGCCAAAGCAAAUCACAAAUUCCCUAGUUGUGCAGUUAAUUAAAGCAGAAAAAGAUGUGCACAAAGCUUUUAAUAUGUUUGAUUCUGCAACUGCUGAAUACAAUAAUGGGUUUCGUCACGAUCAUGAAACGUUUGGUCUCAUGAUCUCUAGGUUAGUCACUGUGAACCAGUUUAGGACAGCAGAAGGGAUGCUGGAGAGAAUGAAGCAAGAAAAUUGUAAGGUCACAGAGGAAAUAUUUUUAACUAUAUGCAGGGGUUAUGGACGCGUGCACAGGCCACUUGAUGCAAUCAGGGUUUUUCACAAAAUGGAAGGUUUUCUGCUUAGGCCUACUCAAAAAGCUUACAUUACAAUACUUGAUAUUCUUGUGGAGGAAAACCAUGUAAAGAGGGCUAUUGGUUUUUACAGGGAGAUGAGAGAAGUGGGCAUUCAACCUAGUGUUGUUUCCCUCAAUAUCUUGAUCAAGGCCCUGUGUAAAAACAGGGAAACUGUUGAUUCUGCCUUACGGAUAUUUCGGGAGAUGCCCAACCGUGGAUGUCAGCCAGAUUCAUAUACAUAUGGUACCUUGAUAAAUGGGCUGUGUAGACUAGGAAAAAUUGGUGAGGCAAAGGAACUAUUGAAAGAGAUGGAGCAGAAAGGUUUUUCAGCUUCUGUUGUUACCUAUACUAGUUUGAUACAUGGCUUGUGUCAGUCUAAUAAUUUGGAUGAAGCAAUAGGAUUUCUUGAAGAGAUGAAACGAAAUGACAUUGAGCCAAAUGUUUUUACGUAUAGUUCUCUGAUGGACGGUUUAUGUAAAGGUGGUCAUUCGUCGCAAGCAAUGGAGUUAUUAGAAGUGAUGGUCAGAAAGCACCAUUUGCCUAACAUGGUCACUUAUAGUACUUUAAUCAGUGGAUUGUGUAAAGAAGGAAAGGUACGUGAAGCUGUGGAGAUUCUUGACAGGAUGAGGAUUCAAGGUUUGAAACCAAAUGCAGGAUUGUAUGGGAAAAUCAUAUGCGGCCUCUGUGCUGCAGGCAACUAUCAAGAAGCUGUAAAUUUUAUUGAUGAGAUGGUGCUUGGCGGUAUCUCACCAAAUCGAGCAAGUUGGAGCCUUCAUGUUAGGAUGCAUAACAUGGUAGUCCAGGGCCUUUGUAAUAAUGUUGAUUCACCUCGUGCAUUUCAGUUAUAUCUUUGCAUGCGCACUAGGUGCAUCUCUGUUGAAAUUAACACUUUUGAUUGCUUGAUCAAAUGUUUUUGUAAGAGAGGAGACCUGCACAAAGCUGCUCGCAUUCUUGAGGAGAUGAUAUUAGAUGGAUGCAUUCCAGAUGAGGGAAUAUGGAAUGUAGUAAUACCUGGACUUUGGGAUCGAAAAAAGGUAAGAGAAGCCACUGAGCUACUGCUGGCAGAGUUGAGGCAGAAGUUUAUUGAAGCUGAAAGUUGAAGUUUGUGGGUCCACAGAAUACAGAUAUACAUUGCAUUCUUACUGAAAACCUUUGGCAUCACAUGGUCCCCUGACUGUAAAAGUGACUGAACAUAUGCUGUCUUUUCAAUUCAUGAUCUCACUUCCUCAUCUGAAAUGGUUGAGUUCUCUGAUGAUCAAUAUCUCCGUGACCAGAUGAUUAAAGCUUCAAAUUGAGAAAGUAAAUAUGCUGUGUGCAAGAUUUACAAAUAAGCUUAUUCUUGGGGGCGACCUUAUAUUUCACAUAACGAUCUGAUAUAUAGUUAGCAUUAUCACUAAAUCUUGGGUAAACUACUAGAUUGACUUAUUUAAUAAACACUCUAGAACAUGUACAUAUUCGGGCUGAAAAUUAUCAAGUUUUUGUGGCUGUGUGCUUUUAAAUUUUAGCUAAGCAGUGGUUCCUUACUAUCGGAUGUAAGACUAUUAAAGAAAGAUACGUUGUUAAAGGUGAGGUUCAAUUCGCUGAAAAGUUGCUCAAGCAAUCAAUUCUAUAUUAAAAGAAAAACUUGGCAUAACAUAUUGCUUGCGUGAUCAAGAUAGUGCUUAUGUUCUAACUUGUAAAUAAUGGAUUGAUGGAGAAGUCUUUCUAGUGCUAAGUUUAAGUUAGGUUUAGAUUUCAAUACAUUAAACGAAGGUAUUGGGGAAAAAAUUAAA